CUAUAGAGCGUCGUUCCAGUCGUCAGGUGAAGAGGAAGCGCUAUACAGAGGAACUUGAGUUCAGGAUCUCAGACGAUGAUGGAGAUGUUUCCACCGCUCCCAAGCCGCCCUUCACCAACUCUGAACAGCAGGAGGUGGAGACAGAGGGGCCCGUGGUGGAGAAGAUCCUGUCCAUACGCAUGGGGAAGAAAGAGAUGGAAUCGGGAGAGAAAAUGGAAGUGGAAGAAUUCUAUGUGAAGUUCAAGAGCUUCUCCUACCUGCACUGUCGCUGGGCAGAUCUGGAGGAGCUGGAGAAGGACAAAAGGAUCCACCAGAAGGUCAAGCGGUUCAGGGCCAAACAGGCCCUCCCCACCUUCGUGACAGAGAUGGAUGACGAGCCUUUCAACCCAGACUACGUUGAGGUGGACCGGGUACUGGACGUGUCAGAGAGCACAGAUGAGAACGGAGAGCCUGUAAAGCUGUAUCUGGUGAAGUGGUGUUCCCUGCCCUAUGAGGAUAGAACUUGGGAGCUGAAGACGGACAUCGACCAGGCCAAGAUCGAUGAGUACGAGGCCGUCGCGGCCCGUCAGCCCGAGACCAAACGCGUGGAGCGACCUCCCACUGAAAACUGGCAGAAAUCCCAGAGUUCCAGGGAUUAUAAAAACGACAACGCACUCAGGGAAUACCAGCUGGAGGGAGUGAACUGGUUGCUCUUCAACUGGUACAAUACACGGAACUGCAUCCUAGCAGAUGAAAUGGGCCUGGGCAAGACCAUCCAGUCCAUCACAUUCCUCUAUGAGAUCUACCUGAAGGGGAUCCACGGGCCCUUCCUGGUCAUCGCCCCCCUCUCCACCAUUCCAAACUGGGAGAGGGAGUUCCGCACCUGGACCGAACUCAACGUGAUCGUCUACCACGGCAGCCAGGCCAGCCGCAAGACCAUCCAGGCCUACGAAAUGAACUACCGCGACGUGCAGGGUCGUGUGAUAAAGGGAGCGUACAAAUUCCAUGCGGUCAUCACCACAUUUGAGAUGAUUCUGACAGACUGCCCGGAGCUGCGCAGCGUCCCGUGGCGCUGUGUGGUCAUCGACGAGGCUCACCGCCUCAAGAACAGGAACUGCAAGCUGCUGGAGGGACUCAAGAUGAUGGACAUGGAGCACAAGGUGCUGCUGACCGGGACCCCCCUGCAGAACACGGUGGAGGAGCUCUUCAGUCUGCUCAACUUCCUGGAACCUGAACGCUUCCCCUCGGAGAACACCUUCAUGCAGGAGUUUGGAGACCUCAAGACUGAGGAGCAGGUCCAAAAGCUGCAGGCCAUCCUGAAGCCCAUGAUGCUGCGACGUCUCAAGGAGGACGUGGAGAAGAACCUGGCCCCCAAGGAGGAGACCAUCAUCGAGGUGGAGCUGACCAACAUCCAGAAGAAGUACUACCGGGCCAUCCUGGAGAAGAACUUCUCCUUCCUGUCUAAAGGAGGACCGGGAGGAGGAGGUGGCGCAUGGGGAGGCGGCGGUGCUCAGGUCCCCAACCUGCUCAACACCAUGAUGGAGCUGAGGAAGUGCUGCAACCACCCCUACCUCAUCAAUGGUGCAGAGGAGAAGAUCCUGGAAGACUUCCGUGAGAACCACCAUGCCGAGAUGCCCCAGUUCCACCUACAGGCCAUGAUCCAGGCAGCGGGCAAGCUGGUGCUGAUCGACAAGCUGCUGCCCAAGCUGAAGGCUGGGGGACACAGGGUCCUCGUCUUCUCCCAGAUGGUGCGCUGCCUGGACAUUCUGGAGGACUACCUCAUCCAGAAACGGUACCCGUAUGAACGUAUCGACGGCCGUGUGAGGGGUAACCUUCGGCAGGCUGCGAUUGACCGCUUCUCUCGUCCGGACUCUGACCGCUUUGUCUUCCUGCUGUGUACCCGGGCCGGAGGCCUGGGCAUCAACCUGACCGCUGCUGACACCUGCAUCAUCUUUGACUCGGAUUGGAACCCACAGAAUGACUUACAGGCACAAGCCAGAUGCCACAGGAUUGGCCAGAGCAAGGCAGUGAAAAUCUACAGACUGAUCACCAGGAACUCCUAUGAGAGGGAGAUGUUUGACAAGGCCAGCCUCAAGCUGGGCCUCGACAAGGCUGUGCUGCAGUCCAUGAGUGGCCGAGAAAAUGCAGCCAACGGGGUGCCACAGCUGUCUAAGAAGGAGGUGGAGGACCUCCUCCGUAAAGGAGCCUAUGGAGCUCUGAUGGACGAGGAGGACGAGGGCUCGAAGUUCUGCGAAGAGGACAUUGACCAGAUCCUCCUGAGACGAACCCAGACCAUCACCAUUGAGUCCGAGGGCAAGGGGUCCACCUUCGCCAAGGCGAGCUUUGUGGCCGCUGGGAACAGGACGGACAUUUCCCUGGAGGACCCGGACUUCUGGCAGAAGUGGGCCAAGAAGGCGGAGCUCGACAUGGAAGCCAUCAAUGGACGGAACACCCUUGUGAUUGACACUCCGAGGGUGCGGAAGCAGACACGCCACUACAGCUCGAUGAAGGAGGACGAAUUGGCCGAGUUCUCCGAGCUGGAAAGUGACGGCGAGAACGAGAAGCCCUUGACCAAACCCAGGCGGCCCCAGGACCGAGCCCAUGGGUACCCCCGCAGCGAGUGCUUCAGGGUGGAGAAGAACCUGCUGGUUUAUGGGUGGGGUCGCUGGGGAGACAUCCUGUCCCGCGGGCGUUUCAAGCGGCCCCUGCAGGAGCAAGACGUGGAGACCAUCUGCCGCGCCCUGCUGGCCUACUGCCUGCUGCACUACCGUGGAGACGAGAACAUCAAGCGCUUCAUCUGGGACCUCAUCACGCCCUCUGAGGACGGACAGAGUCGCACACUCACCAACCACUCCGGUCUGUCUACUCCAGUACCGCGGGGUCGUAAGGGGAAGAAGGGAAAACCAGCCCUGCCUGCCCCUCCCCAGCUCCCCAGGGCAGAGUGGCUGGCCAGCUGUAACCCUGACCUGCUACUGCAGGAGGACAGCUACAAGAGACACCUCAAACACCACUGUAACAAAGUUCUCCUUAGGGUCCGUAUGCUCUACUAUCUGCGACAGGAAGUCAUCGGUGACCACGCCGACAGGAUCCUAGAGGGAACAGACUCAAGUGAAAUGGAUAUCUGGAUCCCUCAUCCUUUCCACGCCGAGGUGCCCGCCGAUUGGUGGGACAGCGAGGCAGACAGAUCGCUGCUCAUCGGUGUCUUCAAACACGGCUAUGAGAAGUAUAACUCUAUGCGUGCUGACCCUGCGCUGUGUUUCUUGGAGCGGGUGGGCAUGCCCGACGCCAAGGCCAUCGCUGCAGAGCAGAGGGGGGCGGACAUGAUGGCAGAUGGUCCAGAGGGAGAGGAUGAAGACCCAGAGUACAAGCCUCUCCGCAUGACCUUUAAAGAUGAGAUGGAGGACUUAGCAAACUCACCCCUGGAUGACAAAGAGGAGACUGUGGUCAUUGAGAGUGGUGAAUCUAAACCAGCUAAACCAGGUGAGAAUGUAGCAGGCAGCAGAGGGGUGGGUCGUCUGUACUGGCCGGCGGCCUCGGCCCUCACCGCUAGACUCCGCCGCCUCAUCACGGCCUACCAGCGCACACACAAGAGGGAGCAGCUCCGCCAGGAAGCCAUGGCCCGGCCUGACGGACGCCGCCGCCGGCCCCGAGAACAUCUCUUCUCUAUGGUCACAGACGGAGGAGGGGCCUACGUGCAGGAGGACGGAGCCUUCAUGGCAGAGGGAAGUCCUUAUAUGGCCAAGGGCGGAGCUUUUAUGCCUGAGGCGACGGGGCUCCCGGCCGCCUUCAAAGAGAGGCGUCAGAGGUGGACCAGGCGUGAGGAAUCAGACUUCUACCGGGUUGUGUCUACGUUUGGUGUGAUCUAUGACACGGACCGCCAGCGCUUUGACUGGACCCAGUUCAGGGCCUUCGCCCGGCUGGACAAGAAGAGUGACGAGAGCCUGGAGAAAUACUACUUCUCCUUCGUGGCCAUGUGCAAGCGGGUGUGUCGCAUGCAGGUCAAGACCAACACAGAGCUCCCAGACCCUACCCUGAUCAUCGACCCCAUCACGGAGGAGCGCGCCUCGCGCACCCUCUACCGCAUUGAGCUGCUGCGUCGCAUUCGCGAGCAGGUGCUGCCCAAUCCCCUGCUGGGUGAGCGCCUGCGCCUCUGCCAGCCCAGCUCCGACCUGCCCGAGUGGUGGGACUGCGGCCGGCACGACCUCGACCUCCUCCUGGGCGCCUCCAAGCACGGCGUGAGCCGCACUGACUACCACAUCCUCAACGACCCUGCGCUGGGCUUCCUGGAGGCCCACAGGAAGUUCACCAAGGGUGGAUCGGCUGGGGUGCCUCAGCCGCCCCGCGAUGGAGCUCUCUCUACUGCUUCUUCCUCUUCCACUGAGCUGGCCUCAACUACUGCUGGUGCUGAGAAAUCCUUACCUGUCCAAGAGGAGGAAGAAGGGAAGGAGAUGAAAGAGGAAGGUGACGACAUUCCAUGUACUAAAACUGAGAAACCAGAUGAAGGCAAGGAAGAAGAGAUGGAGGCGAAGAAGGAAGAGAAGUCCGGGUCUCCCAAGAAGGUGAAGGACGAGGAGGAGGAGAAGGGAGAGGAGGAAGACAAAGAGGAGAAAAUGGAGGUCAACGGCGACGCUGACGGAGAGACUUCCAAGGAGGCCAAACCCGAGAAGGAGUACAAAGCCCCCACUGAGGAGACCAACGACCAGGACAAAAAGCUGGAAUUCCAGGAGAAACCAGAGUCUCCUAAAGCAUCAGAAGAGCAGGGAACCAAGAAGGAAGAGAGAGAUGAGAAAGAAGGAAGCCCUGCCAAGUCUCCUAAACCAGUGGCUGAGAAAGGGCCCGAUGAGGAGAAGAUGGAGGAAGACGACAAUUCUGAGAAGUCCUCUCAAGCUGAAGCGGGCGCCACCUCAGAGCAGAAGAACUUUGACGAGGAGAGCAACGCCUCACUGAGCACCACAGCCAGAGACGAGACCCGCGACGGGUUCUGCCCCGAGGACGGAGAGCCCUCUGCCAUCCCGGCCCUCCAGGAGAGAACCACCUCAUCCUUCUGGCCCAAGGAUCGUGUCAUGAUCAAUCGCAUGGACAACAUCUGCGAUGUGGUCAUCAUGGGCAAGUGGCCCGCCAACCGACGCCAGCUCUUCGACUUCCCGGGCCUGUUGCCUGGAUACCCCGGCCCCAUGACGUCUGAAAGCCCCAUGCCGAGGCGAAGCCUGGCCGAACUGUCGAUGGCAGCGGCCGCUCAGACCAGCUUCAGUGGCAGCGAGGACCUCACCCUGUCGCCCCAGGUUAAUGAGGAUGCUCUGAGCAUAUCAUUGCCGAAGCAGCGUCGUCGCAGGCGGAGGAAGGUGGAGAUAGAGGCGGAGCGUGUGGCCAAGCGCAGGAACCUGAUGGAUAUGGUGGCCCAGCUCAGAGAGUCUCACGCUGCAGAGUCCCAGAGCCAGGCCAUGGAUCUUACCAAGGGUAUUCUGCACCAGCACCACAAGUCUUCAGCGCCGUCCCCGGCGAGCUCCUCCAGCAGCAUGGUGUCACCUGCUGCCCUCAAGGCACAGAUGGAGCUUCUGCAGGCGUCCACACCCUCCAGACACAGGGCCAACUGCUCAUUGGUCGAGGCUGACCUGCCCACCAGGAGGAGGCGGGGCCGCAGGAAAAAUGUGGAGGGGCUGGAGCUGCUGUUCAUGAGAGGAGCCACGGAAGAUUCAGACAGGACCAAAGCUUCAGUGGAGGGGAUGUCACCACGUUCCCACCGCCACAACAUUCCCAGCACCUCCGCCCGUGUCCCCUCUGUCAGCGCUAUGGAGGACAGGGAGGCUGGUACCCCCUCUAACAAAGACCUGAGUGACUGGCUCAGACAGCACCCCACAUACACCAUGGACAUGCCUACUGCGUACACACCAAAGAGUGAGGAGACGCUCCUCUCCUCCCAGUUCCCCAAACCCAAGCAGAAGAGACACCGCUGCCGGAACCCCAACAAGAUCGACAUCAACACGCUCACCGGAGAAGAGAGGGUUCCCGUGGUCAACCGAAGAAACGGAAGAAAGAUGGGUGGUGCCAUGGCCCCUCCCAUGAAGGAUCUUCCCAGAUGGCUCCUGGAGAACCCAGAUUUUGCUGUCGCUCCAGAGUGGACUGACAUUGUCAAGCAAUCGGGCUUCCUCCCUGAGGCCAUGUCCGACCGUCUCCUGACUGGGCCCUUGGUGCGUGAGGAAGGCGUCCGUCGUCGGGGAAGACGUCCCAAAUCGGAGAUCGCCAAGGCAACAGCGGCCCAGGCUGCAUCCUCUGGGGGCCUUAACCCCCUGCUGAUAAACGGCCUGUUUGGAGGCAUGGACCUCACCAGCUUGCAGGGCCUACAGAGCCUCCAGAGCCUGCAGCUGCAGCUCAUGGGCUUCCCCGGCAUGGGGGGGGCUGAUGCUAAACACGUCUCGGCCAUGCUGCCUCUCGUGCUGCCUGGCAUGGCUGGUAUGGGUGGUCUGCCCAACGUGUUUGGCCUGGGAGGCCUGUUCGCCAGCAACCUGGCUGUAGCCACCCCUGUUGCAGCCACGCCUGCUGCAGCCUCCAACGGCACCAACGACGAGGGCGAUUCGGACGAGACAUCGAAGAGAGAUGCCAGGGAGGGUGGAGAAGAGCGGGAUGAGGAGAAGGACGACACUGGGAAGGAGACAGCGUCGAGCAAGGCUAAUGGGGAGGCCGUGGCUCUGAAUGUGGCUGCUGCCGCUAUGGCCGCCUCCGGCAUGUCGGCUAACUCCCUGGCCUUCAAUCCCUUCCUGCUCUCCACCAUGGCCCCGGGGCUCUUUUCCCCCUACAUGUUCCUGCCCCCUGGCCUGGGAGGUCUCACCCUGCCUGGCUUCCCCCCCACUGCCCUGGCCGACCUGCAGAGUGCCAUGGCUGGAGCCAUGGGGGUUGCCUCUGGAGCUCAGGGCCAGGAGAAGGAGCCCAGCCAGGGUGCCCUGGACCGCCCUGCUGCUGCGACCGCAGACCCAGAGACUCCUGAUGACAGUGACUCAGCUGAGAGCCUGGAGAAGACUGCAGAGUCGUCUGCGCUAGAAGAUGAGGCCUCCGCAUUGGCCGAGGAAGCCGACUCACCAGAAGACCUGGAGGCCGAGGAAGAGGAGGAAGGAGAGGAUGCCCUUGAGGAGGAAGAGAAGAGUGACUGAAUCUAACUGGGCUUUGACCCCCCACACACCAACUUGAUAUCCAAACAUAUGAAUUUGUUUUCAUUGUUUUUGUUUCUUUGACAGGUAAAAAUGUAAAUCAGGGAGAGCAUAUGUAGCUAAAGGCUCUUAAUGUAUUGUUAAUGGCAUAGUCAGGGAAAAAGCUAACUGAAGUAGAGUUUUGCGGAUGUUAAAAGGGUGUUAUUUUUGGUCUUUGUUCACUGAAUGGUGCAUUCUAGAUGAAAUGGGAAAUUUCCUCAAAUAUUAUUAUAGGAAUUAAUCGUUCCAAUAGUGCUAUGCUGCUUUUCUGUUUCAGUUAUUUAAUUUUUUGGUGGAUAUUGUGACAGUAAGUAGCAUCUCGUAACUCUCCAGUGGCGCACAAUUUAACGGCAUUAAGCAUCUGUCUAUAUGCUGCUGAUGAAAAGAAUCAUGGGUAAUUUAGAUUUUGCUGUUGUACUGUUCUGCUUUGAAGAGCAGGAGGAAGUUCUCACAAAUCAGAUGGCCUAAUAAUCUGACUGUUCCCAGUCUCUCACUGACGAUCACACACACACACGUCUGUCUAUUCCUGUAGUCUUACACUCUAAACAAUCCUACCUGACUGUUCCCCCGUCUCAAUCGGACGGUCCUACCGUCACCUUCCAACCGUUCCUGUCCCAUUACCCUUCUCAGUACCAGUUUUCUGUCCACUAUUAACACCCAUAUUGUCUGACUCUUCCAAGUCACACUGGUUUUAGAAACAGUUUUCCAGUUUCACAGCGACCGAUGGCCCUGACUCUCCUGCCUGUUUUUAGUCUGACACUGACAAAGCCGAGCAGAGGAGAGACCUCUCUCCCACAACGCGGAGGGAGACAGCAAUAACCGAAGGCAGCUUUUGAAUGUUUCAAACAUCGCUCUCCCAUUUUAACACAACUACAACCACAAGUGUUGGUGAAAAAGAGAAACGAAAUUGCAUACAAAUGAUGACAUUAAAAAGUUCUGCAAUCAAUUCGUCUCACUCUCUUUCUGAUGAUGCAUUGGUGUACGAGUAAAAUAAUCAGGUACCUUUUAUCUUUGAAUGGACUUUUUCUUUCUUUUAGCCACCAAGCUGAACAGCAUUACCUCAAUUCUAACUAGCCUUGAAGUUUACAGACAUACGUUGUAAAUGGGUUUUUUUGUGUGUCUGUUAUUUUUUUGGAACAUCGUACGAUGAACUGUUGUUAUGACGCUUUUAAUAAAAGUGAAUCAUGAUAUUCGCCUAGGAAACCAAACCCAGAGUGCUUGUUGUGACUGUUUUGAAAUUAGAUGUUAAAUGUAGAUGUCUAUUUUGAGUGUUAAAUGAUGUUGGUUGAUUCAUGGUGGUGAUAUUGUCAGAAAGCAGCAGAAAAUGAAGUAAAUACCCCAGAAUCUGAAAAUAAAGGGUUUUUAAGUGCAGAUGGA